AGGGCGCAUGGUACACAUGCAUUUGAAUUUCUUGGAAGCGACCCCAGAUUCAAUGAGGUAUUCAACAAGGCAAUGAUCCACCACACAGCUAUCGUCAUAAACAGAAUGCUUGAACGGUACAAAGGUUUUGAGCACCUCAAAACUUUGGUAGAUCUUGGUGGUGGUCUUGGAAUGAACCUCAAUAUAAUCACAACUAAAUACCCUAGUCUCAAGGGUAUUAAUUUUGAUUUGCCACAUGUUAUACAACAUGCACCAGCCUAUCCUGGAGUUGAACAUGUUGGAGGAGACAUGUUUGAAAGUGUUCCACAGGGGGAUGCCAUUUUUAUGAAGUGGAUACUUCAGGAUUGGGAUGAUGAUCAUUGCUUGAAGUUGCUGAAAAAUUGUUACAAGGCUCUACCAGACAAUGGAAAGGUAAUAGCUGUUGACACAAUUCUUCCCGUGAUUCCUGAUAAUAGUUCACGCGACAAAGCUAUUUGCCAAACAGAUCUUAUAGUGGUGACUCAAUAUAAGGGAGGAAUUGAGAGAUAUGAAACAGAGUUUCUUGCCCUGGCUACUGCUGCUGGAUUUAAAGGCAUAAGUGUGAAAUGUUUUGUAUGUAACUUGUUGGUCAUGGAGUUCUAUAAGUAG